AUCGUCAGCUACUUCGAGAGGUUCAGAGAGAGAGAGAGAGAGAGAGAGAGUGAGAGGUGAAAUGGCUGCUAGACAGAGAGCAGUAACGACGCUUCCAUCUCUCAUACGUGCCCUUCGCAAGGAAUCUCCGAUACCCACAAACCAAAAUCUACCUUCUCUGAGGCGCGCUUUUUCCCUCUACGAUCAGAUUAAUCUCAUCGAUCAAAUACCCGAUGACCAAUUGUGCUUCCAAAGCGUUGCUGAUACAAGUUUUGUAGUAAAUGGUGUUAACUAUGAAGGUAGCUUGCUUUGUGUUGGAAACUUGCUCUUAUCUUGGAGGCCCAAAUUUUCGGAGAUUACUGCAGAUAGCCUAUCAAUCUUCCAAGUCGUGAAGCCCACACCAGAAAUUUUGAUUCUUGGCACUGGAAGGCACAUUCAACCGGUGGAUCCUGAACUUCGACGCUUUAUUAAGUCUACUGGCAUGAAAUUGGAAUCAGUUGAUUCGAGGAAUGCUGCAUCAACCUACAAUAUUUUGAAUGAAGAGGGGAGGGUUGUGGCUGCUGCCCUUCUACCAUUUGGAGUUUCUUCAUGAGACCCCUCAAGGACUCGAUCUGUAAGCAGUUGGUUUUGUUAUUCUAUCUUCUUUUGGUGGACUUAAUAACUAACUGCAUCUCAGUUCCCUUUUUAGGGAAGCCAUGAAAGGAUUGGGGAACAUCAAAGCCUCCCAGUUGAGUAAAAUAGCAACCAAAUUUUGUGUGAAGUCUCUGGGUUCAUGCAUAGGUUUGUUUAUUAGUUCUUUUUCAGAAUAAUAUAUGGUGACGGAAAGUGAAUGGCCACACUAUUCGCAUCAUCAAUUGCUUAUGCAAUUCUAGGGUUUUGGGACCCUAACUUUCAUUGAAAUCAUCUGAGAACAACUGGAAUUUUCCCUGCAAAGAUUUGAACUAACAAUGAUUUGAGUUUUAUGGAUGUGCGAUGGAUGAAUUUUUGCUGCAAAUAUAGUGGAAUUGAAAUUGCUAAUCA